CGCGGAAGAACAUCAAGCCAAAGGCUCGCUUCUUCUCCAACUCUCAGGUGAUUGAUCAUACACACAUUGCCAUUGCAAAACAUUGGCAGCAAUUCUCCCAGCUAACAAGUUUCUUCCUAUUUAACAAGGGCUAAAAUAAAGGUUUGCAGGGAUACCAGGCUUUUCGAAGGACCCUCUGUCAAUCCAACUGCGCCGAGCUUCAUCUCAAGGAAAACAGUAAAACGAAAGUCGUGGAGAUGUCCGAGCAGCACUCCCACUCCCAUUCUCACCAUCAUUCCCAUGGUCACGACCACUCCCACUCUGGGCCAGCCCAUCUCUUCCAAGCAACCUCCUCCAGCGAUCAACCACCUGAUGGAUGGAGAGAAAGCGGCGUCCGGGUUAUUCCCGGAGACAGCCUUGACGCCAACACGGCCCAGACGCCAGGAAUGAAUCGCGCCGCCGCCAUAACCACGGCGAGAGUAGGGGCUCAAAAACUGUGGGCCGGGACGGUCAAGAUUCACCCAAACGCCAAAACCGGCGCCCACCACCACGGCCAUUUGGAGAGCGUCAUCUACGUGGUCAAAGGCAAGGCACGGAUGCGAUGGGGCGACAGGCUGGAAUAUACCGCGGAGGCGGGGCCGGGGGACUUCAUAUACGUCCCUCCUUACGUGCCACACCAGGAGAUCAAUGCGAAGGAAGACGAAGAGCUGGAGUGUGUGUUGAUGAGGAGCGACGGCGAGGCGAUUGCGGUGAACUUGCCUGAUGUCGUCCCGGCGGAAAACCCUGAGGGCGUGAAAUGGAUUGAUCCCACGCACCCGACGGGAGGCGUGUGAUCGGGUCUUUUCCAUCCACAAAAUUAUAUCAGAUAUACAAAAUGGCAACGACGAGUUCCGAUGUGCUCUUGAUA